AUGGCCACCCUGGCCUCCUCACCCCCCACAUCGCCAUCCUGGCCGAAACGAAGUCCACGCGCUUGGGCGCUCCGCUGUGAGCGGUACUGCUGCGCCGCAGCAAGCUGCUUCCCUCUCGCAUUCGUCUACGGCUUGACAACAUGGGCCGUCUACGUCGAAGCUAGUAUCGGAUUAAAAGAUUCCAAGAACGGAUGGAUAGGUAUCCCCAGUUCGAUCCUCGGAGUCAUUCUCUACGCUUUACUCAACGCUUGCUAUACCGUUGCCGUCUUCACGGAUCCUGGGUCGCCGUUGUCCACGCGCCGCGGCAGUAACCGGCACAACUACAGCGCGCUGCCACUCACCGAAUCCCAGUUCCCCGAGUUCACAUCGUACACUGUUAGCUCGACAGGCUCAUCACGGUAUUGCAAGAAAUGUCAGUGCCCGAAGCCAGACCGCGCGCACCACUGCUCGACAUGUAAACGGUGCGUCCUGAAGAUGGAUCACCAUUGCCCCUGGCUUGCGACAUGCGUCGGACUACACAAUUACAAGGCGUUUCUACUGUUUCUGAUCUAUACUUGCCUAUUCUGCUGGGUAGAUUUCGCAGUCGCGGCUACCUGGACCUGGACAGAGGUCCUCAACGAUACACAAUAUAUGGACACAUACCUGCCUAUCAACGUGGUCCUCCUGGCCAUAUUAGGCGGUAUCAUUGGACUUGUCUUGACCGGCUUCACAGCAUGGCAUAUCAGUCUCGCCGUACGAGGCACGACUACCAUUGAAUGUUUGGAAAAGACGCGGUAUGUUUCGCCUUUGCGCAAAGCGCUCGACCGACGAUUCGAGCAACCGCUCAAUGGCCACAACGGAGACGCAAAUCAGGAGAGUCUGAGCCACCGUCUCCAAGACUACGGGAACCAAAUAAUGGAUGCACACGCGAAUGCUAUUCCGGGAGUCACUCGCGCAGAGGAAGGCGAGGAGCGUCUCUCUCCUGUACCUCAUGCGCCCGGCCACGGGCCAAUGCUGGGUGAUAAUCAGAACUUUACACCUGCACAACAAGCUCUCUCGCGAUCCUACGCGGAGAAUGAACGACAGCGCGAACGCGAACGAUACCAAGAAUACCUCAAUGAAGAAGAUAGUCAGAAGAUGCCCAAUGCAUUCGACCUCGGCUGGCGGCGCAACCUCGUUCACCUCUUCGGUGAGCGGCCACUCCUCUGGGGCAUCCCAGUUUGUAACACUACCGGUGAUGGCUGGCGCUGGGAGCCUAGCACAAAAUUCCUCCAGGCGCGAGAGCAAAUGCGCCAGCGCCGCGAACAGGAUGCGAACGAAGAACAACAAUACUAUCGAGACUUGUACCAGCGCAACCAGAAUAAUGCACACCACUGGAUUGGCGGUGCCGGCACCGCUAGCCCGCAACCUACAUGGACACCCAAUAGACGACAGGACACCCCCGAUCGCCCGCCGACCAGCGUAUCUAUGCAGACACUAGCGCCGGCGUCCCCACGGCCUCGGCCUGGUGAUAGUGAUUUUGAAGAUGAAGUUGAGAGCAAUGGACUGUUGGACCCGGAGAGUGGACGACGUCAAAGACGCCAAGAGACGGAUGAUUGGCGCGACUGGGACUGA